UGAGCGUAACAUGGCGGCCUGUAUAUCCGAUGGAAAGUAAAACAGCAGCACAGCAGGACUGUCCGAGCUGACGCGCUUUGUUGAAUAUCCCAUUACAAAGCCCUUAGUGGACUAACAGCGGGACAGAAAGGACGUUCCUCUUCCCUCAGUUUACACUGGACUUCAGCUGUGGUUAAUUUCCCCAAACUGAGAUUGACUGAUGACUGAGAGAGCGUCCCGGCUUUGAUCACACUGACUUAUUAUGAUGUCAAACAGAGGAAAAGCUUCUCUUACCCCAGCGCUUUGAUUCUCUAAAGGUGGCUUAUUAGGUGCUCUCCAGUUUCUGUCCACUUCAUGUGUUUUUUCAGGUCAUCAUGGGAAAAACCCACCAGAAAGACAAGAAACACCAUAAGGAGAAAUCUGGGAGGAAUAAUGAAGAUUCACAGCUUUCACAGAAGCUCACGGAGGCGUUCAGCUGGGAAAUGUACUUGCGAGAGACGUCGUCAUGUCCUGCUUCCCCCAGCUGUUUCAGACAGUCCAGAGUUCCUCCCGCUAAUGAUUUUGGAGUGGGGAUGAAGGUGGAGGCCUGUGACCCGAGGAAUGCCUCCUCCUGGUGUAUUGCCACAGUCAUGGGUUUGAUGGGUGUUCGUCUGCGGCUUCGGCUGGACGGCAGCGACAGCACCAAUGACUUCUGGAGGCUGGUGGACGCAGCUGACAUUCAGCCUAUCGGCACGUGUGAGAAGAGUGGAGACAUGCUGCAGCCACCACUGGGGUUCAGAAUGAAUGCUUCUUCAUGGCCCAUGUUCCUAUUAAAAACAUUAAGUGGUGCAGAAAUGGCUCCAUCUUCAGCCUUUAAAAAGGAGCCGCCCAGGCCGACUCAGAACUUUUUCAAAGCGGGAAUGAAACUGGAGGCGGUGGACAGAAAGAACCCGUACCUCAUCUGUCCUGCAACCAUCGGGGAGGUUAGAGGAGACAAAAUCUUCAUCAUGUUUGACGGUUGGAGAGGAGCAUUUGACUAUUGGUGUCAGUUUGACUCCAGGGACAUCUUUCCCGUGGGCUGGUGUCAACUGACCAAUCACAGCCUGCAGCCGCCCGGAAACUGCUUCACUAUCCCGAAGACUCUUCUGCCAUCAGUGAGUCGAUCGAGUCCAUCUUGGCGCCCCAUGCAGUCCCCAUACCGCCUACCGCACCCCCUGCCGCCGUUGCCAGUGCGCAAGGGGGUACGAGGAAGGAGACCCAAGAGCCAAACCAUCGCUAUGCUGAAAGCUGCAGCUGAAGCCGCAGCGGCUGGAAACAGUCCAUCACAGAACGGCCAAUCACAGCCCAGCAGCACACACAAGAGUCCCAUCAGCUCACCACUCACAGCCAAACCAUACAAGAAGAGAGGACCCAAACCUGGCAGCAAGAGGAAACCAAAGGUUCCUCAUUCACUUUCAAGCCCCAUAUUGUCCUCAUCUGUGAUAGACGGGAGACUGUCUAGCCUGCAGACAACAAGAGACUCGGGUGUUGUGUCUACAGUUUGUGUCUAUGUGAAUAAACAUGGCAACUCGGGGCCACACCUGGAUCGUAAGCUGUUGUUGCAGCUGCCGGAUCAUUUUGGACCUGGCCCCGUGAACACGGUUCUCCAGCAUGCGGUUCAGGCCUGCGUGGACUGUGCAUUUCAGCCCAAAGCUCUCUUCAGCUUCCUGCAGUCUCAGUCUGAUGGUGGGGAAAUCAUCAGAGUUCGUUCUGAAGGAGGAAUACACUACGUCAAGCUGCCCACUGCCUCCAGCGCAUCAUUCGUUCUGCGCUUUCUAGAAACGCUGUGCCACCACCUGCAGUGUGAUAACCUGUUCAGCAGCCAGCCGUUCAGCCCAUUGACCUCCAGCACACACACACCGUACGAAAGGAGCAAAUCAGUGAAAGAGGAGACAUCAGAAGCUCUGUCUGUAGCAAGAGGUACAAGGCGCUUCAACAGAGACUCAUCGGCCUACAGCACUACCCUGUCACCAAAACUACAGAGAACAGAAGCCCUGCCCUCAGAUGAAACCAUCGCCCAUGCUGAAAACGGUGCCUCCACAGAGCAGCAGUUCUCAGAAGAGUCAAUGGACUCGGCCUCCAAAUCGGUGGCCCCUCGACCCCCUGCGCACCGCAGUGCAUCGGAGUUUCACACCCCGACCGGCAGCAGCCCACACUACCCCUCUCACCCUCCACUGCUGCGCGGACUCUCCUCCAACCCAGCAGAGCCGCGCACACACAGACGAGUGGAAGGUAGGCUAUCUGCUAGCUCAACAACUGGUCCUGAGCAUCAAGCAACAGAGAAGGAUCCCUCUAAAACAUCCACUAAGAGUCCAUCAUCCUGGAGUAUAGAGGAAGUGAUGCAAUUUGUGCGGGAUGCCGAUCCACAGGCUCUGGUCCACAUGCAGAGCUCUUCAGGAAACAUGAGAUUGAUGGCAAGGCUUUGAUGCUUUUACGGAGCGACAUGAUCAUGAAGUACAUGGGGCUGAAACUGGGGCCUGCUCUCAAACUUUGCCAUCACAUCGAGAGACUCAAACAAACAAAAUAGAUGCUGGAAAGUUCUGGGCAAAAUAACACAGCGAAUCCACUAGAGGAAGACGCAGGUUCGCUUCGUUUUUGAGCAGAUAACCGUAGACUUUGCUCAAGAUACAUGGAUAUUUAUUAUUAUGGUCAAAUGUCCAACAUGUUGACUCAAACCCGCUGGAUUAAAUGGUCGGUAAAUAAACUGAACGGUGGCAAAACAAUGCAAAAAUGAACAUCACAAGACUUUCCAAACGGCCUAACUAUGAAUGGAUAUUGUGUAACUGCAUUUGCUACAAGGAUGUUGACUGACUCUCUUCUAGAAAGUUCAGUGUAAAGCUGCAGCUACAAACCUCAGUACCUCAAUGCUCUGCGUUUACAGACAAUGGUGGACAAAGCUAAAAUCCCAAAGGAUUUGAUUGUGUUGUUGUUUAUAUACUGUGUCCAGUACUAUCUACACACAUGGACAGCUUGACAAACAUUGGAUUUCCACAAUAUCUUACUUUACGUCUGAUUGAGACGUAUAUGACGUUAUGCUUUGGACAUCGACGAUGAAGGAUUUUGGUGCUGGUCAAUCUAAUUUCAUUUCAUUAUUCACCAUUUGGCGUAAUAUUUAUUUAAUCAGUUUUCUGUGACUUUGGAAUUGAAAUACAUCAUAUUUCAAACUGUACUGCUGUAUCACGAAGUAGCAGAGAAAGAAUAAAUGUUGUUUUUAAUUAUAUAAGCCAAAAAUGGUUUUGCUAUGGUCUAUAAAAGACAUCUUUUUUGAUAGCACAAACAUUAGUUGGGACUGUUACUGACUAUUAAUUACGGCUGUU